AUGACGACGGUCUUGGAAGUAAGUGAGGCAGACAGCGUGACAGGACAUGCGCACAGUUUGGCGGUGACUGCGCCAGAACGAGUGACUUUUGUAAAAGGCACGUGCAGGGAAGAGGCGCGCUGGUGGGCGGAUGUUUUGAGUGUCUAUCCCAGAAGCAAGGGACGACACAAGCGCAACGCAACAUUUCCCGGGGGACAAACGGCCAGUUUAUUGCAGUCUACUACUACAAGAAAAUACUCAGCAGAUGCAUCAACUCUGCGUGAUGCUGCAGACUGCAGCAGGCCCCGGUACAACUGUGGGGGAACCACCACUUGGCCAGGUCCGAGGGUACAGCCGCCGCAGCCUGAGAUACCGAGCCUUACACCAACCAAUGUCGACACCAAAGUGUACACAGACCAACCUGUAUCAUCAGCGUCUCCUCCCACUCGGGACAAAAUCAAUGGAGAAGAAAAGGCCCGUUCACGACGCAGGGACACUUGGCCAGAACCAGUUCAAGCUGCUAACGAUGACGCCAACGUCCGAUCCCCUCUUCUACAGCAGCAGCACCAGCAAUAUGAUGAACAGUUGAGGGACAUCGCGGCUUCCCUAACGAAGCCCAGGUCACGCCGUGCGCUGCCGCCUACCUUGGAAAGACCUACCCGGUUACCACCGCCAGACAGACUACCGGCUAGAGGUUCACCAGACGGUGGUGCUCCAACAGAAGAAGGCUUAACUAGCUCAGCAAGUGAAGGAAGCGAGCCAACUGAUGCUGCAGAAGCAGCAGAAAGUGUUGACGGAGUUCGAGUAGAAUUACCAGCUGAACGUCUUCUUCAUGCCAGGGCAGGAUGGCUGCAGCGAAGAGGUCCCUCUGGAUGGUCAAGACACUGGUUCGUGCUACGGGGUGCAGCUCUGCUUUACUUUAGAGAUCCUCAUGCAGAGCACCGCGGCCUCAUGGACGGUGUAAUCGAUUUAAGUGGGGUCGCACGCGUUGUCGAACUGCCCACCUCUGCAUCUACCAAUGGAUACGCGUUUGAAACUGAGACGUGGGAUGGCAAACACAUAGUGCUGUCAGCAGUAACUGCGGGAAUCAGGUCGAAUUGGAUAUCGGCCAUUCGACGAACGGCAGGCUUACCGGACUCUGGGCCGCUCUCACUGAUUCUGCGAGAGGACUCGGUCGACCAAACGUCUGAAGCGUCCACAUCCCCUGUGACGCCCGUCACCCCGAAUACGAUGAAAACGGCGCCAUUCUCCUCGGAUGAAGAGUAUCGCACUGCUUCAGAAGGCGGGCGAAGGGACAGCGCGGACUGGGGAGACGUCGCCCCGCAACCCCCUCCCUCUCCUAUACUCAACCGGACGCCAAUAUCUAAAGUUAAAGAAAAAGUCCGCGCAAGGAACACUGCCCCUGCUAAAGUAGAUAUCAAGUGCGAGAGAGACGAAAUAGAUGCCGCCAAAGAAAAUGAGCGCCCGGCAGACAAUAUUAUCGAUGAAAACGAAAAACCAAAUGAACCCAGAAAACGUAGCUAUAUAUCGACAAUAGAUAAGCAAUCUAUUGAAAUAGACGACCUGCGAAAGCAGUUGAAGAUGGCACUUAGCGACGUCGACGCUGCCGAGGCUGAGUUAGCGCGACUGAAGAAACUAAAAGCAGAUGCUGCGUUGAGAGAGAAAAAGAUGGAAGAACUAGUUAUUGCUCUACAAAAGAAAGAAGAAGAGCUAUCUAUCAGAACUAAAGAUGCUGAAAACUUAGACGCUAUUAAACAACUUUAUAUUCAGGACAAAAAUAUGUGGGAGAGUAAAUUGACAGAGACACAAAAUUUCUUAAAAGAGUCUACAGAACAUUGUGAGUUGUUAACGAAACAGCUUGCCUCGGCUCAAGAUACGGUCAAGCAGCUUCAAAAGGAGCUAACCGAUUUAAACGAGAAACUUCUUAAGAGCGUUAAAGAGAAUGAUUAUUUGUACGGCAGAAUAAGAGAACUUGAAAGUAAAGUUAUCGUGGAAUCACCAUCCAAGGAGAAGAGAAAAAGUGUUGGUUCGCUUCAUGAACUUGGCAAUAUCAAUGAAAAUGUAAAUUUAGAGUCUUUGGAGAAAAAUAGACUGAUCGAAGAAUAUGUAGAAUUAAGAAGUAGAUUCUUAAGAGCAAUACAGGAAAUUAAAGUUAUGAAGAAAGAACUUCGUGAAUCACACAACAUGUACGACGAAUUGGAGAUCACAAAUCUAAAAUUAAUCAAUGAAAUGAAGUUAAGGGAACAAUGCAGUAGAUCAGAGAUAGAUCUGAUGGCUGCUCGAAUUUUAGACUUGACACAAAAACUAACUGCAUCUGACAAACAAGUAAGAACAUUGAAACAUAAAAUUCAGAAGACUGAGUCUAGAGAAAAGCGACGAAGUUUAUCGCUUAAAGGCAGAGAAUCUUUUACCAUCGGCAAAGAAGUAGAAGAGAAACUGACAGAGCUGGAAAAUAAAAUAACACAAUUAGAGACCGGUGAACCUGUGCCUAUAAUAAAUUCACCAUCAAAGAGCGGAUCACCUGUUAAAGAGAAGGUCACGAAAUCUGAUGGUGUUGCCGACGAAAAAAGAAUGAAACGGUUAGCAGCACGUCUUAGAAGGAAGUCUCUCGAUAGUGCUACAAGUUCCGAGCCCAUGAAAAUGUUGGUCAGGUUAAGCUCGUUAGAAACCAAAGUAGCGUCUGUUCUUGAACAUCGUCGCGAGAUCGCUAACUCCAGUGAAUCGCUCAGUCAAACCGAGAAAACUAUUUUAAAUGAAGACCAAGAAAAUUCUUCGAUCGGUACCCAAUCCCAAAGGCAUCUAUUAGACAGGUUACAGAGUCUUGAAAGUGUAGUGAUACAUUCGAGAAAUAAAGUAAACGAUUGUCUAUGUCAAAUGAGUGCAAUGCGGGCGGCUAAGUCGAAAAAAUCAGCUUCACCCAGUUUAGAAAAGAACUAUAGUCUCAAGUCAAUGGAAAAAUGUUUGUCCGAUGUCAGUAAGAGGCUUCAAGAUUGUUUCGAUAAAUGUGUAUUGGAUUCCUGCGAGGAAGCCAAAAAUGAUGACGAACACGACAGUGUCACUCAGGUCGUGAUACAAUUAGAAGAACAGUUAAAGAUUAAACUAUUAGAUAUAUCAAAACGAAAAGCUGCGCUGUACGAGGCCGGCGAGCUCACCCAUAGGAAAAGCUUAGAACUUUUAGCAGAAAAACUGGCAUACGAGGCCGUUCUCGUCGGUAGAAUCCAAGAAGCUCUGGAAUCCUCGAACGGUAGCAGAUUUUUUGCAAGAUUGAUCAAGUCAGAAAUCACCGAAACUAGUCAAUUAAUCGAUAACCUUAAAUGUAAGUUAAACGGGGAGAGCGGCAAGAACUCCGACGCGACAAAGAGCUCUCUCGAUUAUCUUGCGAAGAUUUUGUCGAGGAACAUCGACGUCAUCAACGGCUCUCGAGAUCGGGACUCCGGUCGGUCCGAGCUGAUAGUGCAUAGCGCAGAUUUGGAGGCCCUGAAGGUGUCCCAGAAAGAAGUCGCCGAAGCCGUAGAAAACUUCAAAGCGGACAAACUGAACGAGUUGUGCUCGGCGCUCGCGGGUGAAGCACUAUCUUACACAAAUUCGAACGAUAGCGACUUUGAGCAGCAGCGGGCCAACACAGAAGCGGCUCGAGUGCGUGAGGCGUGGGCCUCCGCGAGGGAUACCUUGGGGGCGGAGCUCGUACAGGCCGAGGUGGCGAGAGCGCUUAGUCGCGCCGCACAGACCUGUGAGCGUCGUCUUGACGAGGCGAGAGCGUUGCGACUCACACUCACCGCGCAGGACCGCGCCGACCUCGAACUCUGGUGGCAGGCCGCGCACGACCACCUCCGCUGCGAAGUGGACGCCGCUGGACGAGAGCUAGCCGCGCGAUAUCGCCACGCCAGGCCUGCCCGCCGCGAGGGCUCCCCGGGGCUCGACAGCCGCGCGUUGCUGCAGCGGCUGGCCGACGUCCUGGCGCACAAGGCGCUCGUCGACGCUCGCGUGGCCGUCGUGGAGGGAACGUACCGAGCGUCUGCGCCGUCUCGCGCCGCCGCUCGAGCGGACGACGCCGUCACCUCCCUGGAGACGGACCCCGCCGCCGAGGCGGAGUUCGUCUACCUGUUUCAACAUUUCUCGACCGAGUGCCGCGCGCUCUUCUCCAGUGACUGUUCCGGCAACAGUGAAGACUCGAUGAAGAUCUGCGAGGGCCUUGAGCGGGUAGAGGCGGCGGUCGCGGAGGCGCAGCGACGACUCGGAAGUGAAGGCGACGGUCCCGAGGAGUCCGAGGGCCCUGGCGUCGGAGUGGGACAGCGCUUGGAGGCGCUCCGUCUGCGUGUCGAGGCGCUCGCGGCGUGCCAGCACUGUGCGCGCCUGCAAGACGCACUGGAGCGGCUUAAGGCGGAACGCACGCGAGGCGAGUGUGCGUUGGCCCAACAGGCGGGGGCAUUGGCGGCGGCGAGACGGGCGAGGGCGCAACUGCAAGCCCAACACGACCGCGAAAGAGCCACGCUAAGAGACCGCGCCCGCACGUUGCAGCGUCGCCUUGCCGCGCUAGACUCGGAGUACUCCGCUCAGUUGGAGAGCUUACGAGCCGCUUAUCAGAGCGCGGUGUCGGCGGAUACGCACGGUGACGGUCUUCGUGCGCGUUACCAGCAGGAGAUCGAGCAGCUACGCGCACUUUGUGAAAAGGGGCUCAUGGCUAUGGAGAGCUCCCAUCGUCGUAUAGUCAGAGAGAUGGAGGACAAACACCGUGCAGAAAGAGAACAACUCAGGUUGGAGAAGGAACAGGCGCUUGCAGAAGAAACACGAGCAACGUUGGCAGCGCUCGAUGCCAUGAGAAAAGCCCAUGAAAGCGAGGUGCGAAGAGAAGUCGAUAAGUUCAAGCAGGAGCUACUGGCUCGAGGGGCCCCAGACCUCUCGCAAAUCAGCACAAGGCACCAGCAAGAGAUGGACGAGAUAAAGCGAGAGAUACUAUCCUUGUCGGAGAAGUAUUCUAUAAAGUGCGUGGAAAGUGCAGCGCUGGAAGAGCGACUGGCCAAUGCCAACGCGCAACUUGCGCACGCGCACAAUCACAUCAUGCAGCUCGACUCCAGAAACAAACAACUCCGGGCUCAUCUCAUAUCUGAAGCGAAUGACUUGAAGGCUUCAGAAGCGUCUACUCUCUCGCAGCUCAUAGAAGACACUGCGCCGCAUGCGCGGGAGGCGCCUCUCUGGGACCACUUGAGGCAGUUGGCGGCCGUCUGGCAGAACAAUGCUGCAGACGAGGCCGACUCGUUCAAGUCCUCUGCUGGAGGCGGCUCGUCCGAACCGUCCUGCGAAGAUCCAGUACGCCAAAACAGAGACCACCAGAAACCUACAGCUGUCUCCCGUUCAGAACUGAAAUCUAAGCAGCGGUGCUCUGACAGCGGUCGCAACCUGCUCGUGGGUAUGGUCGCCGAGAGAAAGAAACGAUUCGAGCUGUAG